GUUGCCGGGCCAGAGCCCCUGGCCAUAAGCCAAGUGGCCUCCGCUCAGCUUCCACAAAUCCCGUGUCCGGAUUUUUUCUGCCUUCUUUCAAAGUGGAAGCAAUUGGAAUCCCUGCUGUUUGAGUACUUUUACAAGAGACCUCUCAAGGUUGUUUUGUAAUGUUUUCGCUUCAAUUUGCAUUCCUGCCUGUUUUCUGCGCAUUGCUUGGAUUGGUAGCUCAUAGCUUGUAAGCUUUCCAAGAGCAUCUGGCCGGCUGCUCUUGGAAACGGCUUCUUUUUCUUUAGACCAAUUUUGCUUCUUUCAAUAAAACCGCCCAGAUUCAGCGGCUCAGGCCAGGGCAUAAAUUUCAGGCGAUGGAUCAACCUAAUCGAAGUGAACUAAGCUGGCAUGGAUGUGGGGCUGAGCACGUUGGGCAAACCAGCCCUUGUAGUCUGCCAACAGUGGCUUAAGGAGACGCAGGGUCCCUCCUACACAUUGAGGUGUGUGCAAAGCGGCGGCGUAAGAUUUUAUUACACCGAGUAACGUCCCUCUUUCCAUGGCACAGCGCAGAUAAAACAACGAGCAGCAGGUAAACAUAAGAUGAAGCAGGUGGCCGGCAAGAAACUGUAAGAGAACCAGGCAACCCUGUUUCAUCACGAGUCGGCUUGCUGCCUGGUUGCUGGCAGAGCUUCCUGUGACUUCAGGGAUCCUGACUUCAUGUUCUCCUCUGGCCACUCCCUGGUUGGGCAAACAGACGUUUCUCAGGCACGAUUCCCGCCGAGAGAAAGGCAUUCUGGGACUGGCCAUCGGCUGAAUUGCUCUCCAGGCUGCCCACCCAUCAAUAUUGUUUGGGAAGGCUUGGAUAGAAAAGUCCUCCUUUCACAAGAUGCCCUUUAGGUGUGGCCACACAAGCCGGGCAUUGUGAGAAGCAGAGUUUUGGCUCUCUCUCUCUCUCUCUCUCUCCCCCCCCCAUUGCCAUUUCCUUCCUUCUGCUCUGGAAGCUCUCCGUUGUAGAUACUGCACUUUUGCCCCAGGGGUGGCCUUUGGCCGAGAGCAGCAAAUUGCACCCUUGAGGCUGGACCUUCCGAGUCUCAACAUCUUCCUCUUCUAUUUCAACCCUUUGCCCUUCUUCAGAGGGAGGCAUCCAAUCUGUGCCUUCUCUGCAGGGUUCAUUGGCACCACAAGGGGCCAAACGGACAACGAGAAGGGCUCACAAUCGAGGCUCCAAACUUCGCAGUAUAGAAAAAGAAACCCAUCUCUUCACCUGAGCAGGGACCCAGAUCGUGCAAGUCCUCAGCACAUGAGCCAUGCUCCUUGGAGACCCUGCAGGGCGCCCAACCCAGGACCCACAUGAAGGGCAGCUGCGACCGUCUAAGCCUCAGCUCCUCUUAAAGCAGCCCCUCCCGAAUCCUCAGCAUCGCUUUCUUCUCGUCUGAAAGAGCCGCCCCUCAUCCUGCUCCACCAUGCUGAUCCUCCUGGCCUUUAUCAUCCUCUUCCACAUCACUUCAGCCGCACUUCUGUUCAUCUCGACAAUCGAUAACGCCUGGUGGGUGGGCGAUGGCUUCUUCACAGACAUCUGGCACCAGUGCUUCAAUGAGACGAACUGUACCGCCUUGGAUAAUACCUUUCCAGAAUACCCGUCCAUCCAGACCGUCCAAGCCACGAUGAUCUUGUCCACCAUUCUUUGCUGCGUGGCCUUUUUCGUCUUCAUCCUUCAGCUCUUCCGCCUGAAGCAAGGAGAGCGGUUUGUGCUGACCUCCAUCAUCCAGCUCUUGUCCUGCCUCUGCGUGAUGAUCGGGGCCUCCGUCUACACCAACCGGCGCUCGGAGCUGCACCGGGGCCUCACCUACGGCCGCUUUGAGGUGGAGAGCGGCCGCUUCGGCUACUCCUACGUGCUGGCCUGGGUGGCCUUCGCCUUCACCCUGCUCAGCGGCCUCAUGUACCUCGUCCUGAGGAAGCGCAAAUAAAGCCGGGCUGGCGGCUGGCAAGGGAGAAGAACAGCCCCCCCGCCCCCCCAGCUCUCCUUGAAGCGCUGGCAUUCCAGCCCCCCCUUUGUGUAAAUAGAAGCGUUUGUUGUACAGCUGUGGUUGGGCCCCUUCCCCGUCCUUGGCGUGGCAUUAGAAGGCCGGCGGGAGGACCGAAGAGAAGAAAGAGGUGGGUGGACUGGCACUUCUGGGCAGGAUUGCCCAGCGCCAGCCAGCAGCCCCCACGGCUCUCAAGAGUGACUCAAGAGCCCUGGGCAUGCCGGUCCCCCUCCCGCUUUCGGGGCUUCUCUGGCUCUGCAGCUCUCCAAACAACUGCGGGGCUACCCGGCCUUAACAAAAGGUGAGGGCGAGGGCACAGAGGUAGGGGUCUGGUUGGGACUGGCAGCAUGCAACAGAUGCCAGCCUCCUUAGCCCAGGUUCCCUUUUACGCCGUAUGAAAGGGGAGCUCCUCAAAACCCAUCUUGCCCCCCACCCCCCAAUUCUGUAAAACCCCGAGAGCUGGCAUCUUUUUUUUUUUUUUUUAAUUUGAUUUAUAUGCCGCCCUUCUCCAGAGACUCAGGGUGGGUUACAAUGUGUUAAGCAAUCUUGGAGUUGGAGCAACCGUAGGGAAUCCCAGGGCCUUCUGGUGCCAAGAACCCCGCUCUGAUCUGCCCCUCGAGUCGCUUCGUGCAAUGGCAGCUCUCAGUGGGGCAGCUGAGCGUCUUCCUUUCGUCCUGCCCGGGGGGCUCACAAGGGCCCCUCGCCCAAGACGAAGCUGCUCCUCGACGAUGCUCAUGUGUGUCCCGAGCUACCUCAUGGUCUGCCACGUGGUGCCUGUCUCGAUCCACAGCUGGAGCGUUUCCAUCCUUGGCGCAGCUCCAGAUGGCCCUCCUCUGGCCGCAUCCUCCAGUCCACCCCGGCGCAGAAUUCCUUCCCGUUUUGUCCUUUUCCCCAUAUUCUGAGGAACUUCGAACAUUCCUGGUGCAUCCAUCGUGGGAGGAAGCAAAGCUUGAUGAGGCAGCUCCGCUCGACCUGAGGCGGCCCUGCAGGUGGCUGCCCAUUGGCGCAGGGAGAGGCUGGACUUUGGCAUUUGCACCAAAGCUGGACGGUGUUGGUCAGCCUCCGAGGCCAUGGAAGCCUCAGCUGACGUGGGCAGAACGACGCUCGGCUGGCGCUGGGGGGGGAGAGGUGCCCAGAUCCAGCAGAGCCCAGGGAGACCCUCGAGUUGUUCUUAGUGACUGUCUUUGGCCAGAGGCAAGGCCCACCACAUCCCUCCUGGCUGCUGGCGUUCCUUCUCGAUUGCUCCCUCAGAGAAACCCUGUCCUUCUUACUAGGUUGUGACCGAUUCAUUCCUGAGCACCACAGAGCUAAUUGGGGCUGCUUUCCCAACAGCCCCUGCCUCAAACACGUAGACGGCACCGUAAGUUCGUGUCUUAUUAAGUGGGUAUUUGGAGUGAGAGAUUGACUUUAUUUGGACUGAAAUAGCAUCCUCAGUCGUGUGGGAAGGGACGUGUUGGGAGAAGACCGUUCCCGCUAGACAUCCUUGCCCUCUUUGGACUUUAAUGCUUUUAAUUUUGCCUUUAAUUCCCACCACUUCCUCCCUUCGGGAUAACCCCUUGUCCAGCCCCCCACCCCGCCUUUUCCCUGUCCCCAAGCUGGCUCUUUUCUUCAGGCUGCAACUCUGCGCAAGCUUUAAAGAUAAGUUCUUGCCACUGGUGAACCUUUAUUCAGAACAACUAACUCCUCUGGUGAGGUUGUAGUUUGGAUUUAUAUUUAUGUUUAAAAAAAAUAGCACAUAUACACAAAGAUAUGUAACCCUAUUUACCUUUAUAUUUCUGACCCCUUCGUAAGAAGCGAACAGGAAGCCUCCCUAUAAUAUAACCAGGCAAUCCUGCCUUAUAAAUACGAAACAGCCCCUUUUAACCGAAAGUGGAACGAAGCUCUUUACGCUACCGGGAGUUUUUCAAGAUUCUGAGUGAUCGAGCAAUUGGGGUUUCUCAGAGGGCAAAUUUAUAGCUCAAUUCCACCAACAGUGCCUUGGUCGUUUUGUAUUUUAUAUACCUAUUCAAUUGUAUAUAGAAAUAAAACCUUACAACCGGUA